AUUUGUACGAUAAAGCCACAGACUUCUGUUAUUUCAGCGUGAGCACCUCCCUUUCACUUCAAACCAAGUCAGUCGCAUUUUAGUGACGUAGGAGAAACUUCCGUUGCGUGCACUUCCUACACACGUGCAUUUCAGAAGUUGUUGGAACACUGAAAAGGCCUAGCUCCAACCCCUAAUCCAUCCCUGAGCAGAAAGGAUGUCCAGUGAUGUGGAACGGCUGUUGAUCCAGUUUCAGGAUGAAGCGGGGGAGCCGCUGGGUUCUCCCUUUGAUGUCCCGCUGGACAUCACACCUGACAAACUACAGCUGGUCUGCAAUGCACUGCUACAGAAGGAGGAGCCGGUACCAUUGGCGUUUUUUGUGCGUGGCGAGGCGGAGGUGGUGGAGAGCCUGAGGGUGUGUGUGAAGGCCCUGGGGGUGGAGACUGAGACGGUUCUGCCCGUAGUGUACCAACCCCAGGCGGUGUUCAGGGUCAGGGCUGUCGCUCGCUGUACCUCUUCACUACAGGGACACACAGAGGCUGUCAUCUCUGCCGCAUUCAGCCCUACUGGGAAGUACCUGGCCAGUGGUUCUGGAGACACUACAGUGAGGUUCUGGGACCUGACCACCGAGACACCACAACAUACCUCCAGAGGCCACUCCCACUGGGUGCUGACUAUUUCCUGGUCACCUGACGGACGGAAGCUGGCUUCUGGCUGCAAGAACAGCCAGAUCUGUAUAUGGGACCCAGUGACAGGACAGCAGAUGGGGAAGACCCUGACAGGACACACCAAGUGGAUCACAUGGAUCUCCUGGGAGCCUCUACACCUUAACCCAGAGUGCCGUUACCUGGCUAGCAGCAGUAAGGACGGGGCGGUGAGGGUUUGGGACGUUGUGUUGGGACGCUGUGAGAGGAUCCUGACGGGGCACACCCAGUCUGUUACCUGUGUGAAGUGGGGAGGAGACGGACUGCUAUACACAUCAUCACAGGACAGGACCAUUAAAGUCUGGAGGGCUAAAGAUGGGGUCCAGUGCAGGACUCUUCAAGGCCAUGCUCACUGGGUCAACACCCUGGCUCUCAGUACUGACUAUGUGCUACGGACUGGCGCCUUUGAACCCGCCGACGCUACCAUCAACCCCCAGGACCAGACUGGCACAUUUGAGGAACUCAAAGAGAAAGCCUUGCUGAGAUACAACAAAGUCAGGGGUGAGGCCCCGGAGCGUCUUGUGUCGGGCUCUGAUGACUUCACCUUGUUCCUCUGGAACCCAGCAGAGGAUAAGAAGCCUCUGGCGAGACUGACGGGUCACAGCGCUCUGAUCAACGAGGUCCUGUUCUCCCCCGACACACGCCUCCUUGCCUCUGCUUCCUUCGACAAGUCCAUCAAGAUCUGGGACGGACGAACUGCACCGGAAAGUAUGUAUAGUAGUGGUGGAACUGCACUAGGAAGAAUGUAUAGUGGUGGUGGAACUGCGCUAGGAAGUAUGUAUAGUGGUGGUGGAACUGCGCUAGGAAGUAUGUAUAGUGGUGGUGGAACUGCGCUAGGAAGUAUGUAUAGUGGUGGUGGAACUGUGCUAGGAAGUAUGUACAUGCAUGCAUACAUUUUUUGACAUAAGGAUGGCCCCAGCGGGAAUUGAGCCGACAAUCCUUGGGGCUGCCAGCACCAUGUUCUAUCGACUGUGCUUGCAUAAUGACAGUCCAGAUCUCUGUUCUAUUCUGAUUCACGCUGAACAUUUGAUUCACUAAGCACCAGUUCUGUUUACAGAGAAUAAAAACAUUGGUACAAUAUGUAAACCUACAUAAACACUGUCUCUGUAUGUAGUAGUUCUGCUCUCCACCGGGUGGGACUCAACUGUGUGUGUGUGUGUGUGUGUAGGUACUUACAGUCCCUGCGUGGUCAUGUAGCAGCAGUGUACCAGGUGGCGUGGUCAGCAGACAGUAGACUGAUGGUCAGUGGUUCCAGUGACUCCACUCUGAAGGUCUGGGACAUCAAGACUGGCAAACUACACACUGAUCUACCUGGACACGCAGAUGAGGUGUUUGCAGUAGACUGGAGUCCUGAUGGCCAGAGAGUAGUCAGUGGAGGAAAAGACAAGUGUCUCAGAAUAUGGAGGAGGUAGCCACACCAAUCACGUGCCUUACUAGCCCCUGUCUCCACCAAUCAGGAAGCCAGGAUGAUGGACAGAAGGCGGGGCCAGUGGUCUGAGACUUCCUGGUCCUACAUUGGAACAUAAUGCCCUGCUUUACCUGUCAACAACAACCACACUUACCGAGGACUGCUGAUCAGAGUGAUGUAGGAGGGAGAGAGUGAUGAGAAAUGGAGAGGAGGAUAUAACCAGAGGCAUGGAAGUAGUGGAGGGAGCCUGAGGCUAGUAAGGUACUAUAUAUACUAUAUAUAUAUAUAGGUGUGUGUUGACGUCUAUACCUGAGCCCUAGCUGACAGGUACACAGCAAGGGGACUGUAGGAAUAAAGGAGUCUUAAUACAGGUCGUUGGAACACCUGGUGUCUUCUAUUAAUGCAUCCCUCUCUCUCAAGGUUAAUAUAGUAAAGUAAAACUAAUCAGGAAAUAAGGAUUUAGUCAAUUGAAAUGAAUAUAAUUAACAAACCCGUUUGAAAAAUGAAAACUAUAUUUGACUCCAAAACGACUUAAAAAAUAAAAGCCAUCAUGAAUGAUCAGUUUUAGUUUUUCCCCCUAAUGUUCUGCAUAAAUGUAAUUGGGUUUAAGGUUUAGGGGGGGUUCAAGCUACUGAAUCUGGGGGGUAAAUGCUGCCAGAAGAUGGCGAUAUUUCAAAUAGGCCUAGCUUGUGUAUCACUAGUUAUCACUAGCUAUCAGGAAAACAUCUAAAUAUACUACUAAAGUUGAAAAGUAUUGGAUUGGUGUAAACAUGUGCAACAGGGUUUCCUUCUACUAUAUUUUUGGCACCACAUUUAUCAUUUAAACAACCUAAUGACCAUCUCCUUUUGUAUUACUGCCCCCCAGUGGCAAGAAGUUAACCCCCCCUUCUCCUAGCCUCCCACGCAUGCUUUCUAUCUCUAACACUAAAGCUAAAACUGAAACUAAAUCAUAUACAAACGAAAUAGCAAUUUUUCUAUACAACUCAAACUAUAAUCACCUCCCUGGUCCUGGCUGCUUCUGACCUGCUGGUUCUCUCUUGACUAAUACAGCCUACGUUCCUGACACCUGCUGUGUCUCUGCUCUAAUCCUCUGGUCAGUCAACUGAAAGGCGAGGUCCCGCCCUGCUGCUUCCCUCUACGUUAGUGACAGGAUCAUUAGCUGCUCUGUCCUUUGACUGACUGGUCCUCUAUACCUAGCCCGAUGGCUCUAUUUUUAAGUUAUCUGCUGUGUCUGAUCUAGUCACUGUCUGAAGGACCUCUCCCUCUGUAUUCUACUAUGUAAACCAAGACCAUAGUGCUUCAUCAUUAAACACCUUAGAUAUCGAA